CAGAAAUGCCAAUGCUGGCAUUUGCUUUAAGUUUUUAUUUUUCUCUUUCAACUGCUUUUUACUUCCACGUAGGGGAACGAGAGGAGAAAUGCAUCAUAGAAGACAUUCCAAGUGACACGCUGGUAACAGGGACUUUCAAGACACAGCAGUGGGACUUCCGCAGGCAGGAUUUCCUCGAAUCUGCUCCGGGCCUGGGGAUGUUUGUGACUGUCACAACCUACAACGAUGAGGUAUUAUUGUCCAAGUUAUAUGGCCCACAAGGAAGAUUCUAUUUUACUUCACAUUCACCUGGCGAACACAUCAUUUGCUUGGAAUCUAAUUCUACGAGGCUUGUGUCCUUCGGUGGGAGUAAGCUGCGGAUCCACUUAGAGAUUCGAGUUGGACAACAUGACCUUGAUGCGGCCAUUGCUCAAGCAAAGGACAAAGUUAAUGAAGUUAGCUUUAAGCUGGAACAUCUAAUUGAGCAAAUUGAGCAAAUAGUCAAAGAACAGAACUAUCAAAGGGACCGUGAAGAAAAUUUUCGGAUGAUCAGUGAAGAUACAAAUAGCAAUGUUUUAUGGUGGGCAUUUGCACAAACAUUAAUCUUUAUUGCAAUCGGAAUUUUCCAAAUGAAAUCCCUUAAAAACUUCUUUAUAGCUAAGAAACUCGUUUAAAAUGUUAAUACAAACAGCUACCUGCUAAUUUGUAGAAUGUCUGAGUUAAUAAAUCAAAAUACAUUCACAA